GUCCCUCUCUCUCUCUCUCUCUUGGUCUCUUUAUUCCAAAUUCUAGAACUACCACCAAACCAAAACCCACGUCUACUUUUCCUCUAUAAUCUCUCAUCUCUCCCAAAACCACAUUUUUCAGAACCAAAGUUUGCAGCUUUGGGAGUCAAAGCAAAUAAAACCAGAGUGACCCAGAACCAAAGAUUGAGACUUUGGGGCUUUUGAGACUGAAACAGAGAGGCCCAGGUACCCAAAUUGGAAACCCAAUUUUGGAAAUGAUGUUGGAGAUGUGUAGGAGGCCAUUGGAGAAGUGCUUUGGAGGUGGAGAUGAUGAGCUUCUAUGGCACAUGGACUUGAAGCCUCACUAUUCUGGGGAGUAUUCUAUUGCUGUUGUUCAAGCUAAUUCAGCUUUGGAAGAUCAGGGACAGGUGUUUACUUCUCCUUCUGCCACGUAUGUUGGUGUUUACGAUGGACAUGGUGGUCCUGAAGCUUCUAGAUUCAUCACUCAGAGGCUAUUCCCCUUUAUUCAGAGGUUUUCAAAUGAGCAAGGUGGACUAUCAGAGGAUGUGAUUAGGAAAGCGUUUGAUGCAACUGAGGAAGAGUUUAUGGACUUGGUCAAGCAGUCAUGGCGGACACGGCCAAGGAUUGCUUCUGUUGGUUCUUGUUGUCUUGUUGGCGCAAUUACGAAUGAUGUUUUGUAUGUUGCUAAUCUCGGAGAUUCGAGGGCAGUUCUUGGUCGGAGAGCAAUGGAUGGGCCGACGGUGGUGGCAGAGAGGUUGUCUACGGAUCACAAUGUUGGAGUGGAGGAGGUGAGGAGGGAGGUUAAGGAUCUUCACCCUGAUGAUUCACACAUUGUGGUUUAUACUCGUGGGGUUUGGCGAAUUAAGGGCAUUAUACAGGUCUCUAGAUCAAUCGGAGAUGUCUACUUGAAGAAACCUGAGUUUAACAGAGAUCCGCUCUUCCGCUUCGGUAUACCUGUUCCUUUAAAGAGGCCUGUAAUGACAGCUGUACCCUCAAUAUUGGUUAGAAAAUUGCGACCCGAGGAUAUGUUUUUGAUAUUUGCAACAGACGGUCUCUGGGAGCAUUUGAGUGAUGAAGCAGCUGUUAAAAUCGUCUCAAAAAAUCCAAGAGUUGGAAUAGCAAAGCGACUGGUAAGAACUGCCAUUGAGGAGGCUGCGAGAAAAAGAGAAAUGAGAUAUGACGAUAUAAAGAAACUUGAAAAGGGGGUAAGGCGCCAUUUCCACGAUGAUAUCACUGUAAUUGUGAUAUUCCUGGAUCAUACACAAACUUCCCUAAAUGCUACAGAUAACAGCCUUUUUACCUGCACUAGUGUUCCUGUUGAUAUCUUUUCAAAUAAUGAUGAUGAAGCAGUUGGCUCCCUUGAUUCAUUUCCCUGAGAAAACCAGACGCUCAUGAAUAUGCACUUGUUUUUGUUUAUAAGAUGAGAACUUAAAAAAUGAGGUGCAUUUUGUAGAAGAAGCGUGGUUUUUAUGUGAUUUUACAUGAAAGUUUAUUGUACAUAGAUUGGUAGAUGAGAAAUGACAGAUUAAAGGUGCUGUUGAUUUCUCGGCUCUGAGCUUUGACCUCAUUUUCAGCUUUCUCUGGUCAAUACAUAAUUUGUUCCACUUGAUGUAUAUUCUGGGAUAUUCACAUGUUCAUAUCAAAUUUAUGUUACUCCUGACAAACCAGAUCAGAUAAAUCCCUCUUUAUUUUGCCCAAGGAGUGAGCUUCAACAACUAUUAUUUCAACUGUAUCAUGCUGCUUCUAGUUUUUGUUCUGAUUCUGAAAAGAAAUAGGGAUGAUCAGAUUCCCAUUGUCCAUGGUGAUCGAAAGACCAGAACCCUAAGAAUAGAGAAUAUCUUAUCUUUUACAAUGC